GCCGCGCGGGGGCGUGGCCAGCGAGCAAGGGUGGCCGCUGAGCCCUGCUCACCUUCCGCGCCCAGCGGAGAGAGCUGUGCUUACGCGGCUGCGCUGCGUUUGCUCCUCGCUUGUGUCCGUUCGGCGUCUUGGCUCAGGUAGGUAGGCGAGGGGCGGGCGGUGUUUGGCCUGGGGCGCCUGGAGCCCCGCUGCUGGGAGGGGGCUGUCCACUGUGAGCGGAGGGACGCCGAGCCCCCGGCGGGAGGAGCCGACUUGGCAGCAGCGGGGUCGCGGUCGCACUGCCCCGCGGGAGCGGCCUCCCGCCUGCGGUGGACCGUCGGGGCCAGGUGGCCUCGUGCUGCCUGUCGGCUUCUGUUCGCCCCGCUGGGGCGAGAAUGGCCGGAGCCGCGGGUUGUGGACGGGGCAGCCUGGAGCGCUUGCUCCGGAGUCCCCGACGGGCAGCGCCGCUCGCUGUGCUCAGGCCCGGAGGGGUGUCCCCCUGCGGGGCUCUGGUCCUUGCUCUGGCGACCCCACGGGCCUUUGCGCCUCCACAAGAGCCCUUUAGAGGCUGUCGUGUGGAGAGAAUGAACCAGCCCUUGACCCUUUCCCUCAUCAAAGCGUGAUGGGUCAUCGAGCCCUGUGAGGACCCCAGAAGCAAUUUCAGACCCUUAGGGCUCAGCACCCACUUGGAGGGGGGCGUGCACUCGCUGAAGCCCGUGCCGGUUAAGGACCAGGCUUGGGGGCUCACAGAGCGGAGGGAGGCUUACGCUUAGCAGGUACUGAAUGGGAUUCACAAGCAGGUGUGUGGAGUGGGGAGCAGAGGAACGGCCGCCGCCACUGCGGUGGGGAGCUUCGGGUUAGUUCCCGCAGUGAAGCGCCUGAGGGAUUGGGUGCAUUGGGAGCGCUGAGGACAAAGGGGAAAUCAGGUCCACGGCGCAUCUCAGCCUGGGCCUCUGAAACGCACAAGUCAAAACCAAACAGCUGGCUUUGCGCCCUUCUCGACUUUCCCCAUGGAUGUUGCACGUGACCCUCCUCAGGCUACUGCUCCCGCUUCACCACCUAGCACUUUCCUCCUUGUUCUUUCCGGUCCAGCCACGCUACACACCUCCUGUCCUGCUUCAGGAGCUCUGCACGCCCUGCCAUGUUCCGCAGGGUAGGCUGGCUGGUCCUGUACAGCCUUGCUGUGCUGCUGCUCAGCUGCCUGUUCUUCCUGAAGAAGGAGGCCCACCCAGCGGGGGGCCCCAUGGCCCGACAGCCCUUCUGGGCUCCCCCAGGGCCCCGGCGCAGCCAGUGUCCACCCAACCACACGGUGGCCAAUGCCUCCCUGUUCCUGCCUAACCGUCACCGCCUCUUCUUGACCUAUCGUCACUGCCGCAACUUCUCCAUCUUGCUGGAGCCUUCGGGCUGUGCCGAGGACACCUUUCUGCUCCUGGCCAUCAAGUCACAGCCUGGCCAUGUGGAGCGGCGUGCGGCCAUCCGCAGCACGUGGGGCCGCGCAGGAAGCUGGGCUAAGGGCCGGCAGCUGAAGCUGGUGUUCCUCCUGGGGGUGGCGGGAUCUGUGCCCCCAGCCCAGCUGCUGGCCUACGAGAGUCGGGAGUUUGAUGAUAUCCUACAGUGGGACUUUGCUGAGGACUUUUUCAACCUGACACUCAAGGAGCUGCACUUGCAGCGCUGGGUGGCAGCUGUCUGCUCCCAGGCCCAUUUCAUGCUAAAGGGAGAUGAUGAUGUCUUUGUCCAUGUCCCCAAUGUGUUGGAGUUCCUGGAUGGCUGGGACCCAGCCCAGGACCUACUGGUGGGAGAUGUCAUCCGCCAGGCCCUGCCCAACAGGAACACCAAGGUCAAAUAUUUCAUCCCACCCUCCAUGUAUAGGGCCCACCACUACCCACCCUAUGCUGGGGGUGGAGGGUAUGUCAUGUCCAGAGCCACUGUGCAGCACCUCCAAGCAGCCGUGGAAGAGGCUGAACUCUUCCCCAUUGAUGACGUCUUUGUGGGGAUGUGCCUGAAAAAGCUGGGGGUGAGCCCCAUGCACCAUGCUGGCUUCAAGACAUUUGGAAUAAGGCGGCCCCUGGACCCUCGGGACCCCUGCCUGUACAGAGGGCUCCUUCUGGUGCACCGCCUCAGCCCCCUGGAGAUGUGGACCAUGUGGGCACUGGUAACAGAUGAGGGGCUCAAGUGUGCAGCUGCCCCCUUGUCCCAGCUUCGAGGGGUGGGUUGAGCGAGUAGACUUAAUUUUGCAAUCAUGAUGAGAAAUCGCGAACCGUGAAACUUGGCCCUUGAUGGGUCUACAAGAAAUGCUGACUUUGUUUUUGUAACCUCCUCCCAAACCUUGCUAACUCUGAUUAAAACACUGA